CUUUCAGGAUUAUUAACAAAAUGGCUUCAUUAUUAUUGCUUUUCUCAACCUAUUUCAAAGCAGAGUUUCAGCUUUUAGUGCUAAUAACUAAAAAAUCAUUAUUAUACUCUGCUUUUUGUUCUGUUCAAAAGAGAUAAGAGCACCUCUUCAUGCACAACCAGCUUACCACCUACAAAGGGUUAAAAGGUGUGUGGCAAAAUAGGUGUGAGUUAUUAUUAACAAGGCUAUAAAUACCUAAGAAAGUGAGACUUCACUGCAUUCCAUUUAUUAACACAAACUGAAAGCAUUGAAGCAUAACUGCUUCAUCUUUUGACCCCAAUGGCUAUCUGGCUUGUGGUCUUUAUUACCCUAUUCACAGUUGGUGAAUCUCAGCCCACGCCGCCUUUCAACCAAACUGAUUUGCAGGAAGCCAUGGCUGACAUGAGAAGUAAGUCUUACUAUGGAUUUGUGAUCCUCCUCAAAAUCCUCAACAGCCAACCAAACUCAUUGCAAACCAAUGAUCUGACAUUCCUAAUGCCAAGUGAUGAAGAACUAUCUCAGUACACAAUAACUCCAGACCAGCUUCAUGAUUUCAUAUUCAGUCAUUCUAUUCCAACAUCACUGGUGCUCAAUCAUCUAUUGCAUUUCCCAAAUGGCUCUGUGGUUCCCUCAAGUCUUCCAAGCAGGGUGAUCAGCAUAACCAAUAGUGGCAGAGCAGGUUUGUUUGUCAACAAUGCAAAAGUAGUCACACCAAAUGUGUGCCAAACCUCUUUCAUAAGGUGCCAUGGAAUCAGUGCAGCUUUGACAUUCGAGAAUGAUGCACCUUUUCGCCGAGUUCAAGAUCCUAAGAAUCCCCCAAAGGGUAGUGAUGUACCAGUCCCAAACCAUUCUGUCAAAAAGAUGAGCAUUCCGCCUCUCUAUUAAGGCAGAAGAUAACCCCUUUAGAGUAAUCUUGUGCACUUGUGUUCUUUAUCAAUAAUAACAUUUUACUUUCACGUACAAUCUAUCUCAUCAAUUCAGAGGACACAUAAAAAACAGCAGUAACUAAUUUCAGAUGCAUAACAUAAAAAAGGGAUCCCAGAUUUCACAAAGUAAGCAAACGAUCAAACUCAUCCAAGUUUGUCAAAGCAUAUUUAUAUAUAUACUACAUAAAACAAGCCAGUUUCAAACUGAUUUAGAGCCUUUACUAGUACCUCUCAUCCACAAAGGCUUUGGCGUCUUGAAUCUUAAUGGAAUUAGACUGACUUUUCAUCAAUUGUUUAACAAAACAUUGCUACAAUUAUAAUUAUCUAAUAUAUUACGACAUACACAUCUUAGUACUCUCAUGGAUUUGUUCGGAAAGGGUGGCACUCAUUAGAUUGACUGUCUGCCUUGGGAGGAACACUGUACAGAAGAUCAUGGAUUUUGGAAUACAUCAGCAU